AUGGUGUUUUAUUCGUUGAACCAAUGCAGAAUUACGAUGAGUACCGCAUCGGAGCAAUCCACUGCCCGGAGUAAACCUGGCAUUGAUCUAUUCAGCAAUAUGCCGAGCGAAUUAAUUGAAAACAUCUUGGGAUUCGUGCCGCUGGGUGAUGCAGUCAGGACAAGCGCUUUGUCGCGCCGAUGGAGAAAGGUAUGGUUGAAACUUCCAAAACUCAUGUUUGAUGCUACAUUUGGCGAAGUCAAAGCCGGAGUUACAUCGAGUGAGAAAUUGUUGUUGGUGAUGUAUCGAGUGUUACUAGCCCGCAAAGCACCAAUCCACGAGCUUGCCCUCUCUGUUCCUGGUCUGGGAAGCUGCAGCGAAAUCGACCAAUUCGCGGAAAUUGCAUCGGAAAAAGGUGUUCGAAAGUUGGCCAUUGAGUUUCCGAAUGGCACUUCUCACAUGUUACAUUCUUCCGUUUUCUCGUGUCUCGAAUUGACACACUUGCGCCUCCGCGGUUGUAAUAUAAAGCCUCCACCUUCAUUCAAAGGGUUCAGCAAUCUGCUGUCUCUUACAUUGGGAGGAGUCAGUAUUACUGCUGAUGUGCUCUUAAACUUGAUUUCACUUUCUCCUUUGCUUGAAUGGCUUCAUAUAGAUGGUUCUGCUGGUUGUGAUAUCCUUGUGGUUAAUUCCCUUAGGCUCAAGUCUUUUCACUGUUUCGCACACUUUGAUACUUUGAUUCAUGUGGCUUCCCCUGCUUUGGUUAAUGUCUCCAUGAUCUCGAACGUACCAAGAGGGAAGUUUGAAGAGAAACAUACAAUGCUGCAAAGUGUCGAUUUCCUCCAUCCUGUUCAAACCUUUACCUUGGAUUAUUAUUAUCUGGAGAUUUUGGUGAAAGCUGGCUCAAACUUCACCUUCAAACACCUCAGAAUUCUUAGACUUAAUGGAAUAUCAUUCCCAAAGACUAAUGAGGUGAAAUGUGUUCUGUUAUUCAUUAGCAAUUGUCCUGUAUUGCAGAAAGUCAGAAUUGAAUUGUCGCCGGUGAGCAUCAGUUCUCCACAUAAACGAUUUCAAUGAUUUAAUGAUUUUCAUGCUUUCUUAAACCACAUUUACAAUUUCAUAAUGACCGUUUCCGUUUGGUAGAGGUACGUCAAUGUAAUGGCAUUAGGGAUGGAUGAUGUGGAGUUCUACAAGGGAAUGUGGGAGAAGGAUCUUUCAUCUUGUCCUCUUCGGGAGGUGGACAUGCGAUAUCUAACGGGGUCGUGGCCUGAGUUAGAGUUCAUGAAGUUGUUGUUGAGUAAAUUGCUGCUGCUACAAACACUGGUUAUUCAUCCUUAUUUCAAGAUGGUUACUGACGGAGGACUCGGCAUUUUGAAAGAAGUGAGCCAGUUUCCUCGUUCAUCACCUCGAGCAAUUGUCAAGUUCAGGGACCAAAAAGUAAAAUACUAGUUCCAUCACCCUAGUCCAUUGGAAGUUUGGAACUACUACUCCUUUCCUUCCUGUUUU